UCAAACAAUAACAUUUUACAUAAUAUCGCAAUGAUCACCUGUACGAUACGACACAAUCACGACUUAUGCGGUUGCGGCCAAAUUUGAUCUCGACAAUCCGCACGUCCCAAUACUAGACCUUCCAUUUUCAUACUUACCAAAGAGAAUCAAUUUUCUUUGCGUUUCAAAAGAAAACACCAUUAACGGAGAAACAUGCAGAGACUCCGACAGUUUAUCUCUCUAACUCGCCUUUCUCGCGCCUACUCACUACAAUGCUAUCCUAAAAUGGCUUCGUCUUCACCCUCAAACUUACUUCCACUUAGAACUCUCUGGAAUGUUCUCGAACAUCCACAAUCAUCUUCUUCAUUGCGUUCUCAGUACGCCUCUUGUCUUAUCAAUUUUACAACUUUCUCUUCUAAAGUUAUUGACGAUGCUCAAACUCCUGCUGCUAUCGACUAUCGUUCUGUACUGCAGGAAGAUGAGUUUCAUCGGCUAGCUGAUUUAACUAUCCAUCAUUUGCUAGAGAAAUUGGAGGAAUAUGGUGAUACUAUAGAUAUUGAUGGAUUUGAUGUAGACUAUGGGAAUGAGGUUUUGACCUUAAAACUUGGCAAUUUGGGCACUUACGUGGUGAAUAAACAGACUCCAAACAGACAAAUAUGGUUGUCUUCCCCAGUAAGUGGUCCUUCAAGAUUUGACUGGGAUCCCAGCUCUAGCGCGUGGGUGUAUCGUCGAAAUAAAGCAAAUUUAUAUCGAAUUUUAGAGAAUGAGCUGGAGCAACUGUGUGGUGAACCUGUUUGCCUCUGAUAAUUUGCCUUAGUAUUAAAGGGUACCUUCCCUUUCCUUAUCCUUUUAUUUUGCUUCUAGUGUCAAUUUAUUUUCACAAGAGACUCAAUGUAUAAUUGUUUCAACUUUCAACUAGUCGAAAUUUUAGGUGCUGGCUAAGUUUUAGUUCUAUAGAUGUGCAUCUUUUGGUAAGUUCUAUUUCUAUUUUUGAGGACGCGAAUUGACUUAUGAAAUCCAACUUAUUACUUAUUUAUUUGUACCCAAUUGUUUUGAGGAUUAUGAAAAAACUAUUAAUCAAGUGAUUUUCAUCAGACAAGCACUUGUAUCGAUUGACCGUGCUUCAUGAUCUUUAAGAUUACUUGAACGUAUUUUUACAUGUGAGUUGCAUGAAAUAUUUGCAAGACUAGUUCCAGAGAACUAAAGAUACAAGGAUACUAUGAGUAAUUUUUAUGUUUCCUUUCUAAGACUAGUUCCAGUCAUCACCAUCAGUGGAAAAAAGCAAUGUAUAGCCAACUAGGGAAAAAUGUAAUUUAUUUUCCAUUUGUUUUUUUUUUUCUUUUGUAACUUGUUCCUCUUCCUAAUUUAUAUUUAUAUACUCUUAAUUGUACAUAUUUUCUAAUUUGUCUCCAAACAAAAAUUACAUUCUCUCCUUUAAUAAUACACAUAUUAACCAAUAUGCAAUAAAUUGAAAAAAAAAAUUAAGUGCAAUAUUAUGAUGAAAAACCUACAGCGUUGGAGUUGUGGUCCUUGAAUUAAUUUUUGAGAGGAAGAACUUGGGAUUGUUCACACCUGGAAGAGAGCAGUCUUAUUAUGAAAGAUGGCAGAGGAGAGUCACUUGCCAAAUAUCCCAGCACCACCACAAGAAGAUCUUUGCAUUAAGCCACAUAUCCUAUGGAUGUGGUUUAGGCAUCACUCACAUUUUCAGAAUUAAGGAAAAAAAAAAAAACUAAUUUUAGAUCAUAAAAGCUCUCAUAUAUACAUAGACUAAUUUGUCAAUUACUCCUUUAUUUUCAUGAAACUCCUUUCAACCAUUUGAUAUUUGCUAGUUUGCUACUAAUCACAAAGUACUUAUAUACAUUCACAUAUAUAUGAAAAGAUUUAACACACAUAUUGUACUUGACACACUUAAUCUUGCGAAUCGCAAUACACUUUAUGUUAAUACUUUUACAACAAUACGGGUCAUAUUGAUUACUAUUGGUGUUACAAGCUGACACCACAUAAGGUGAGAUUAUUCAUGGCUAAGUGUUACAAGUUAACACUACAUAAAGGUGAGAUUAUUUAUGGCUAAUCAAAUGUAGAGAUUAUUAUUGGAAAUUCGUAAAAUACUACUUAUACUAUAUUUGGGUAAUUUUUCCUAAGUUUUAUUAGUUCAAACAACAUCGUUUAAUCAGUUAGUUUAAAAGUCAUUUAACAAAUACUUUUUAGAACAUCCCAAAAAUUUAUAAAAACUAAUAAAAAAGUUAUACACCAUACACAUCCAAAUUUGUCUUGGGAAGAGAACCGUCUAAAAGGGCAAUUGAAAUGAACCUCAUCUAGCAAACACCCAAACAUAAUGAGCAAAUAAGAGACUGGAUUUAUGUAGGGCAAUUAGCGGUGGAUAGAAAACCCGUCUACGGGAAAAUUGUACUCCAUGUAGGGAAGGAAACAUUGAAAAAAAUAAGAUUUUUUAAUAAUUUUAAUCAAAAAAUAAGCUUUGGUAAAACUUUAUUCCCAAAAUAAGCGUCCGUACAUUCAAACCUAGGCUUGGUGUAUACUCGUACUUACUAACAGUGAAAUGAAAGAAUUGGUCAAAAUUUAUAGUCAAGGGAUAUGUCACUGUUACUAACAGCGAAAUAAAGGUUGACUGGUCAAACCCCUAUGUCGCUGUUAGUGACAGCGACAUAUCCCCUUGACUAAAAAUUUUGACUUUUAUUGAUCUU